CUAGAGGCGGAAAGGAAUACGAAUUUACAUUGCUGCAAUAUCCAAAGUUAUAUUACUUCAAUUUUAUUUUAUCCGAAUAUUGUUUGUCGAUCUCACAGUUUAGGUUGGAUAAUGGACUUAGAAAAAAUCCAGGCCCAGUUAAAAAGCCAUAUUCAUCAACAUCAGAUCUUAAUAGAGGAAAUGAAAAGAGAUCCCCAGAACAUAGAAAUACAACAGAAAGUCCAAUCACUUCAAGCUGAAUUAACUAGCCUCAGUGAGAAACAAAAAUACGUUGUUAAACAACUUAAACAGAACAUUAAACCAAGAUCAGAAGUAUAUUCAAAUGAACAAGAUCUCCUCUCAAGGAGUCACCAUCAUCAAAUACCGUCCACUUCUGAUUAUUCAAGAACGGAACGUUCACCACGUCGACCCUCAAUGAUCAACAUGAGUGCUGGGCGACAUUCUGGUCUGAAUACGUUGGACAAACAGAUUGUAAACUCCAUGUCUUCUCCACAGACGACAAAGUUUAUUCCAACCAUCACACAAAAUAACAUUGUUUCCCUGAAGGAGGGACGAGAGGUUAGGAGAAAACCAGACAUGGUCACUACUGGUAUGCAAACGGUGCCGACUGGUAAGAUAGAGAGAACAGUUCUCGCCAGACCUGAUACCAAAAAAGCAUCUCUUGGAAUACAGUACAGCAAACCUGUUGAACAGCGGAGUGCUGGGAAACAAAAUACAGAGAAACUCAAUUUCCUAUCCACUCUUGGUCUUAUCACUGUUUCGAAAUGUCGAGAAAUCAAUUCGCAGAAAAACGAACGAAGGAGAAGAACUAGCGCAAUAUUUUCACCUUACAGUUCUUUUCAGUUUUUUGAUGAGCCUAAGCGACCGUCCCCUGGAAUAAAGCGAGGAAGAGGUCGUCCAUCAAAAAGCGGUGAAAACGGCCUAAAAUCACCAAUAUCCCCAUCGCCAGUGUUUGUUCCUAUUAAUGGUUUUAAAACACCAAAUGAUGAUCAUCCUUCAGCAGAGCAAAUCUCUCGAAAUAUUUCAUCGGAUUCCUCGCCCAAGGUUGAGGAACACGAAGAUCACUGCGCUGUUUGUCAACAAAGUGGCGAAGUAUUAAUGUGUGAUACAUGUAUACUUGUCUAUCAUUUGAAAUGUCUUACACCACCACUGACCUCAAUACCGACCGGAAUGUGGAUGUGUCCCAAGUGUCAAGAAAAUAUAAAAAAUAAAGAACCAAUGGAAUGGCCUGGUACUCUUGCUGUUGCUCAUUCUUAUCUCAAACACAGGGCUGAGAAAGACAAAGAAAAACAAAACUUAUUGAAUCGAAAUCAAGAACUGAAACUGCAGGAGCUCGAACUACAGAGGAAAGUAAAUGAACUAAGCAGCGCUAUUGUGAUUCAAAUUCAAAAGAAAGCAGAAAUAGUUGAGUCAACAAAGCAAGCUCAGGAAAAACUGCACAGGCUGAAGAAAUUCAUUCAAACUGUUCAUUCAUCACAUUGAAAGUGUUCACGCCCUAUUUUGCCAUUUUUGCAUGCCUGUGUACAAAAUUGUUUCAAGCACACAGACCUGAGGCUGGUUUUUCAACAUCUUGUUAGUUUGUUUUCGGGUUAAUUCAAAUCUAUGUAUAUAGUAAUCAAAUUUUUAAUGGUUUGUUCAUCGAGUUUAAUUGUUCCUCAACUCCUCAAGAAAUUGUAAACAGUCUUGAAGCAGCCGUCCAUGUUAGAAAUUCAUAAAAAGAUGAUAGCAACAAAAUCUCCUCAAUCUGGCUUAUGGCUAAAUCCUUGUUUCCAUUUUGUCGUAAUUUUCAGACACAGGUCAUUUUCACCGAUAAAAACUUUAAAUUUCCCUUUGAACAAUCGGUGAUUGUUCACUGCACACAAAUAAAAAAAUUAUAUCACAUCAGCCACUUCGACUGUUAACGAAAAUUGCGACUAAAUGGAAACUAGGCUUAAUCAGAUUUUGAAUAACCGUCAUCUGAUUUUCACGUGGCCAAGCUGGAUAAAAGUGAUGAGAAAGUUGUUGUAAUUUGAAUUGUUCAGCGUAGCUAAAGUCAUGUUGUACAAUACGCCAUGUUACACGGUACAAUUUUUCUUUCAACUUGCAAUGCAAUUCUACUUCUAAGAGAUGUAAAUUAGUGAAGAGUCUUGCAGAAGAAAA